UGCGUGCGUGCGUGCGUGUGUGGCCCCUCCAAUUUGGGACGUGAAAAUAAUCAAGUGGAGGACGACGAGACGCAUGUAGCCGGAUUACGACGCUGCUGAGGUCGCUUGGAAAGAGGCUUGACGAUGGGUUGCGUCCGGAGCAAAGAGGACAAAGGCCCGGCGCCGAAGUACCGUCCAGACAACGCCAACAACGCUCCGGUCAACGCCCACCUGGGCCACUACGGCCCCGAGCCCACGCUGAUGGGCCACUCGCCGGCGGCAAAGACGCUCAACAGCGGCUACAACAGUCACGCCUCCGCGCUCACCCCGUUUGGCGGCGCCUCGUCCGCGAUGACGCCUUUUGGCGGCGCCUCCGCCUCCUUCGCGUCGGUGGCCGUGAGCGGUCCCUUCCCCGGUGUCGUCACAGGUGGCGUCACAUUCUUCGUGGCGCUAUAUGAUUACGAAGCGAGGACGUCCGACGAUUUGUCCUUCACAAAAGGCGAUCGCUUCCAAAUUAUCAACAACACCGAAGGUGACUGGUGGGAGGCUCGUUCCAUCAACACGGGACAGAAGGGUUACAUCCCCAGCAACUACGUGGCCCCCGCUGACUCCAUACAGGCUGAAGAAUGGUAUUUUGGCAAAAUGGGCCGAAAAGAUGCCGAGCGGCUUUUAUUAGUUCCGGGCAACCAGCGAGGUACUUUCUUGGCACGAGAGAGUGAGACAACCAAAGGCGCCUACUCUCUGUCCAUCCGUGACUGGGACGAAGUCAAGGGAGACAACGUGAAACACUACAAAAUACGAAAGCUUGACAGCGGCGGUUAUUACAUCACCACUCGGGCUCAAUUCGAGACGCUACAGAAGCUGGUCAAACACUACACAGAACACGCCGACGGUUUGUGCUACAGGCUGACGACCGUGUGUCCCACGGUCAAGCCGCAGACUCAGGGACUGGCCAAGGACGCGUGGGAGAUCCCCCGAGAGUCCCUACGGCUGGAAGUCAAGCUGGGCCAGGGCUGCUUCGGAGAGGUCUGGAUGGGCACAUGGAACGGCACCACCAAGGUGGCUAUCAAGACCCUGAAGCCGGGCACCAUGUCCCCGGAGGCCUUCCUGCAGGAGGCUCAGAUCAUGAAGAAGCUGCGACAUGACAAGCUGGUGCCUCUCUAUGCCGUGGUGUCCGAAGAGCCCAUCUACAUCGUCACCGAGUUCAUGGGCAAAGGGAGUCUGCUGGACUUCUUGAAGGAGGGAGACGGCAAAUACCUGAAGCUACCCCAGCUCGUGGACAUGGCCGCACAGAUCGCGGACGGCAUGGCCUUCAUCGAGCGGAUGAACUACAUCCACAGGGACCUGCGAGCUGCCAACAUCCUGGUCGCUGACAACCUGGUGUGCAAGAUCGCUGACUUCGGCCUGGCCCGCCUCAUCGAGGACAACGAGUACACGGCCAGGCAAGGCGCUAAAUUCCCCAUCAAGUGGACGGCGCCGGAAGCGGCUCUCUACGGCCGCUUUACGAUCAAGUCGGACGUGUGGUCGUUCGGUAUACUACUGACUGAACUGGUCACCAAAGGCAGAGUGCCCUAUCCAGGGAUGGUGAACCGCGAGGUGCUGGAGCAGGUGGAGCGCGGCUAUCGCAUGCCCUGUCCCCAGGGCUGCCCCGACUCGCUGCACGAAAUGAUGCGCCAUUGCUGGAAGAAGGAGCCCGACGAGAGGCCCACCUUUGAGUACAUCCAGUCCUUCCUGGAGGACUACUUCACGGCCACAGAGCCCCAAUACCAGCCGGGGGACAACCUGUAGACUCGCAAGAUCUCAUCUCGGUACGAAACGGACUGGCCACGACAACUGUGAUCAAUACUAGAGGUGGAGUAGUUAGUCCUCAUUUCACAUUGAUGUCAAUCCUUGCAAGAUGCAAGAAGGAUUUUUUUUUUGUUUUGUUUUUAAACACAAUGAUUCUUUCACACAACUUUCCUCCCUUUUUAAAAAUUUUAUUUUUCAAAAAUAAUUCUUGGAUAUCGGGGAGUCACGAUGUCUGUUAGAUGUACAGUAGUUUGUUUGGAAUGACUGUAGGCUGACACGCUGUUCUUCUUUGUUUAAAUGUUAUUGCGGAUGAUGCAGAUGGGGCUUGAUGCAAGUAUGUACAGUAUGUGCAGGGGAAAAAAACUAUUUUAGCAAGUGUGAAAAGGUGGACGAAUGACAUUUUUUUUAAAUUCUAGUGCUUCUUUGACACGCUUUCUCACAGGUAUUUUAAUCAUGCCCAAGUGCAAAAAAAUAAAUCAGUCACCGAUUUUUUUUUUCUGUCCUAGAUUCAGCAUUUCAUUUUUUUGUCUUUAAUUGAGAUAUACUGUAAUGCCAGCACAAACAUACUUUUCAAAUGUUUAUGAUGGCAAUUUUUCUCACCUUGAGGUUUAUUUUCUGUUAAAUACUCAAUAUUUCCUUUUUUUUUUUUGAACUUGACCAAAUGCAAAAAAAAACGUUAAUGGAAUGUGAGGAAUACGAAACAAAUUGCUUUGUUUUAAAUGUUCAUGAUGGACAUAUUCCAUGACCAAGGAUUUUAUUUUUGUUUUAUUCCUCUCACCGAAUAUUCCCAUCAUUGAGGCAUCUGAAACAUGCUGAAGACUUUCACAUCUGUCAAACGAUCACUGUUGCAGUCAAUUUUUUGACUGCCUUUCACAUUAGUUAUUUUAAUCAUGUCCCAGUGAAAAAUGAAUGUCGAACGUGUUUUUUUUUUUUCUUUUUCUUCAUAUGAGAUGGGCAUUGUCUGUGACCAUGGAGUUGAUUUUUUUCAAAAUCUCCGCAUAACAGUGACAGUUUUGCAAUGGAAGAGUUGCACAAUACCAUAUAAGGUGUGAUAUGGUACGAAUGUCAUCACUUGUAUGUCUAAGCUUAAAAAAAACAAUGUAAGUGAAUCAGUGACAGUAUAUUUGACAGCCAUUUACACACCAGACUUUCUCAAAUUUCACUGCUCUGCUUAGUACGGUUUUGUUCAUCUUCAUGCCACCAAAUAACGGCGUUAACAAUGUCGAGUUUGUGUUUUUCUUCCCUAAACCUUUUAUUUUCCUGUUGCUGUCCUCCCAAGUGUCGGUCCAGAGGCGCACGGUGACAAAGUUGCGUACGGAAGCCAGCGGUUCGGACGAAGAUGUGAACUUUUUCCUUGUUUUGAAUUCAAUUUGUUUGUAUGUUUGGCUGCGGAGAACCUAAUACAGUAUGUGAUGGUUCCAAAAGGUAGGACUUGAACUAGAGAUGGAGAAAAAUAAUGGGAACUAAUAGAAUUUUUGUACAGA